AUGAACGAACUCCCUCCUGGGGCUGUGAGAAGCGACUCUACUAUUAGCGGCGCCGCUCAAUCCGUCAAGAACCUCAUUCGCGCAAGUCUAGCUAAAAGUUAUAUGCCAGCGCGCGACUCUCCGGCCGAGACUUCGUUGUUCGUCGGCUUCCAAUUCACGGACCCGGUCACACAAAUGCUUGUGAAUCGCGGCAUCAACCGAGUUCAGUAUGGGUCCCCCGGACCCGAAGAGGAUGCCACCUUGGAUAACCUACGUGAGCUCACGGCCCAUGACCCAGUCGCGGACGACCCUGCCGAGGAUGUCUAUGAUCGGAAUAAUGCCGCAAGCGAUGAGGAAGCUGUCGAGUCCCCGCAGCCACGCUCCAUAAGUGCUCCUCCUCGUCUAGAAGAGGCUACUGAGGACGACGCGCCGGUACCAGCUGCGCAGCCGACCACGCUCUAUCCUCGAUAUGACGUCAUUGAGUAUCGCGACGUGUACUGUCAGGCCUGCAAUCGCUCCCACAUGUAUCAUUCCGGAUUGUUCCAGUGCCCCUUGGCUGUCGAUCACUCUAGGAGGAUACUAUACGCCCCGUGGAGCCCUCACGAGCAAGCAGAGAACGGGAGGCAUCCGCUCGAACGUUUAUAUGACGCAGCAAACGUUAGUGCUUCCAUAUAUAUGCAGCCGCGCUCCACAGGUGGCAUCUCCCUCGAUGGGGCUGACGAGGGAAUCGUGCCGGUGGGGAAUGGAGGGUCUAUCCUACCUCCCUAUCUAACCUUUCCGAAUUAUAUGCCGCUUCGCAACAUGUAUCGGUGGCUGACCUGCCACGUCUGUGGGCGCAAUCAUAGUGACUCCGGCGGAAUUUGCCCAAAUCCGCCUGAUCGAAGCGCCCCGCCCCCGGUUCGCCCUCUGGAAGAAGUGGUCGAGACGGCCGAGGACUAUGGCUGGUGCAAUCUCUGCGGACUCUCGCAUCCCGAGGAUGGAAUGGAUCUAUGCCUUUCCUCGUCACCUCUAGGCGCCAGUCAGAUGCUGCAAGGCUUCGAAGGAGUAGUCAGUGACGGCGAGGAGGAUGGAGAAGUGCCUAUAAAAGAAGAGGAUGAAGACAACUAUGAUUGGUACGAAGAAGGAUUUACUGAGUACCCGGAAGACCACAGCAAUGCUUACAAUGGAGAUGAAGAGGAGGGCGUCGAAGCAGCAGGAUACGGUGACGACUACGACGCCGAAUUUGAUGAGGAGAACGACCGGAGCGAACUAGCUUCAGCGGGCAAGUACACUGUCGACCCUUGGGACUCGCAACCCGCCGAAGAACCAUCUAGUCCCCUUUCGCGCUCGCAGAGUUAUGAAAUCGAAAUUACCGAUAUUUCCGCCGGUCCGAUUGUCGAUCGUAACGUGCCAGGUCUAGUGACCGUUUUCGCGGUCGAGCGUGCUGCUGAGCAAGAAGCCCCAUCCGCGGCUACGGCGCGCGAGCACUCACUUCAGCUAGGCGGAUUCCAGCAAGCAAUGCAAACAGACGCUGUCUCGUCCGCCGAUGGUGGGCAAUCUCCGCGAGGAAAGAAGCGUGGUAGCGAUCAUGAGUUAGAAUGGGAGACGGACUCCGAGGCAGGUUCGGAGCCAGCGACGAAGAGGGCGCGACUGCGUUAG